UCGUUACUUGACUGCAGAGGGUGGAAGCACCUAAUUUUCCUCCUCAGUGUUUUGUGUAUAUUGUUUUGCAGAAAUAUCAGUCAUUCAGUAAACGAUGGAAAUAUUGGCUAAAUUUAACACGGAAAAAUAUUCGAAAUUGUAGCCUCAUUUCAUCUCGAGGCUUUGCAAUCACCGUAUAGUUGUGUUGCACGGCUGGGAAAUUUAGUUUAGUUAAUAUUAUUAUAACUUUCCUGGUUCACAGUUCAGGGGGACUUGAGUUAUCUCUAGUCAGGACAAGGAUCACAAGUUGACAUGGAUCCAGAACGGGCGAAAGAUAUCCGUGCAAGGAUUAAGGAGAGAAAAGAGCAGAGAAGGAAGACGAGGGCGAAAGGGUUUGUGACCAAAAGACGGCGACAAAAUCUUAAAGAAUGGGUCACAUUUCAAAGACAACGCUUUAACUUUGAAGAAACCCGUAAAAAAAAGAUGCAAGAAAGAGAUAAAGCCAUCAAAGAGAGAUGUGGACCGAAUAAGUCAUCAAACUCGAUGGGUGAAGAGGAAGUUGUCCGCCUAUGCAAGUUGUACCAGAAUCACGUCGCCAGGCUGGAGGAAGACUUGUAUGACAUUGAUUACGAUGUCCGCUUCAAAGACAUGAAGAUUAACGAGUUGCGCCUCGAGUUGGACGAAAUGAGGGGAAGAUUGAAACAUACUGGUUUGCCUUGGUGGGGAGCUCGAGAGCUUAUUGAGUGGAUUGAACCGGAAGUUGAACCACUGGCACGGAGAAACUACGCGACACCGGCGGAGACGAAAAUUCUUACAACAUUGGGUUUUUUUCGAUCUGGGUCAUUCCAAUGGAUGCUAGGAACUGUUUCCGGAACUUCCCAGCCUUCGUGCAGCCGAAUAAUUGCGGAGGUGUCAUCUACUCUGCAGGGUCAUGCAAAUGAAAUGAUCAGAUUCCCAGCAAGUGUGGAUGAACGAAAUAUCGUGUCAAACGCAUUUUAUCAGGUCGCAGGUCUACCGAACGUGAUUGGCAUUGUUGACGGAAGCCACGUUCUUAUAAAGGCUCCAACUGACCACGGCGGAGUUUACAUUAACAGAAAACAGCGUCAUUCCAUUAACGUACAGAUAAUAUGCAAUCACCAGGAUAAAAUAACUGAUAUCGUAGCGAAAUAUCCUGGUAGCAGCCAUGAUAGCUUCAUUAUGAGGAACAGUGCGAUUUGUCAUCGGUUUCAGCGAGGAGAAUUCGGUAACAACGUUUUGAUAGGCGACAGUGGUUAUUUUCGUGCACCAUACUUGGCCAUUCCGUUUUCGAGGAGAGCGGCAUUAUCAGUCGAGCAGCAAUUAUUUAAUACCGCAUUGACAAAAACUAGAAGCAAAGUUGAACGAUGCAUCGGAUUGUGGAAAUGCAGAUUCAGAUCAAUGCAUAAGUUUAUCGGGAGGCGACUUAUGCUACGAGCCAGCAAAAGUUUGCAAAUUGAUCACUGCCAGCGUCGUUUUGCAUAAUUACUGUGUAAAUUUCGGAAUUCCCUUGUUGGAUGAAGAUGAGCAUCAGUUAGAACUUAUUAUUCACGGUCUGGCUGAAGAUGAGUUGGAUUAGCCUAAUUAGUUUAGUGGUAGUUUUAAGUAAGUUUUAUACUAGUGUACACAUGUGAAAAUUUACGUAUUUGUUAUUCGUGUAUUUAAUCUUGGACCAAAUUUUAAGUACAUACAAAGUAAAACCUGAAAAACAAUUUCUCAUAUUAACGCAAACAAAACUAUUGAUAAGUCUUCUGCAUUUCGAGUUAUUUAUGUGAUGACUCAAAUGAGAAUGUGAGCGGUGGUGGUUUUGAAUUGCAAGUCGGCCAAAUCCCUGAAAUAACGUCGAACAACAACAGGGUCGUCCAAGAGGAAGUAGUUAUCGCCGUGUUGGAUAAGAUUUUACAGAAUAUGUCUCUCGAUAAGUUCAAUUAAUAGUUAAACUAAUUAAAUUAACAGCUCUUUACUAUCCUGACCGGGUGCUGACUUUCCCAAUUUACUAUUUUAUGAAUCUAUGUGUCGCGGUAUUACCGCACUGCAAUCCUGCCACCGACUUAAAGGACCCGAUCACAUCCAUCGAAUCUCAUUGUUCUGGUAGGAAUGCAAUCACCGGCUCAUGGAUGGUAGCAGUGAAUAUUUGCAGAAUUUAACCAUGUUCAGGAUGAUGGUUUUGAAAUAGAAUUCUGUAAAGGAAAGUGUAAUUUUGCAAUGAAUUGUAAUUACAUACAACGUAAAACUUGAAAUACAAUUGCUCAUAUUAACAAAAA